GACAGCAAGUCAGGGUUAUAUCACAGACUUAGACAUCACCUCUACCGGGAAAUUAUUCUUCUAUUAUGUCUUGUGCUGUUAUACGCUGCUGAGGAAACGCCAGUCUCUGUGUGUUGGUAAAGACUGUCAGCAUAUUCAGCUUUAAAAGACCCGUCAGACCAUGAACUACGUGGGCCAGUUGGCGGGCCAGGUGUUUGUCCAGGUCAAAGAGCUGUACCGAGGCCUCAAUCCUGCCACCCUUUCUGGCUGCAUUGAUGUCAUUGUAGUGAGACAGCCCGAUGGCUCCCUGCAGUGCUCGCCCUUCCAUGUUCGCUUCGGCAAGAUGGGCGUCCUCCGGUCCCGAGAGAAAGUGGUGGACAUGGAGAUCAAUGGAGAGCCAGUGGAUCUACAUAUGAAGCUCGGGGACAAUGGAGAGGCAUUCUUUGUGAAAGAAACAGAAAACGAUCAGGAAGUGGUUCCCUCCUACCUGGCCACCUCUCCGAUCCUGUCAGACGGGGCCGCUCUGAUGAGCUCUUGUCUGAUGGGGAAGAGCUCUGGGCCACCCAUACAGACCCUGGGCUCAACGGGGAGCAACGGAGAGACCGGCGGCGGAAUGUUGAAGAAGAGGAGGAAGAGGAGGAGGAAGGCUCGGGCGGACAGCGUGAGGAGGGAGGAGAGCGGGGACUACUCCGAAGACGAAGACAUGUUCACCAUAGACAUCAGCUCCGAUGAAGGGACGGAGAUGGAGAGCAGCAACAGGUCUUCAUCUCGGGAUGUCUUAAGAGAAGAGACAACGGUUGGUUCAACUAGUGGUUCUUACAAACAGGCUGGCAUCUACACCCGUUCAGAUGGAGAGUGGAGUCCCAUCCAGAGCCCCGGACACUCUCGUCCCACCUCUCCCAAGAGUGACUCUGAACUGAUGACCAAGCCGUCAGACACAGACAACCAGAAUCCGGCCAUGCACUGGGCGUGGGGGGAGCUGCCACAGGCUGCCACGCCGUCCUUCCUCCCAGUAAAAUCUGACUCUCCACCAGUGUGCCCUGUAUCCAUCCCCGUGUCUGAAAGCACACAUUUCCGUGUGAUUACUCAUGAGACGUCUUCAGAACAGUGCGGACCCUGUUCUGAAAUAUCAGCACUCAGACUGCUGAUGUCAGACGACACCAUAGUCACAGGAGAAACGGUCGUCACAGUCGGGAUGGAGUCUGCGAGGAUGGAGUCCCAGACAAUAACCUCAGAGACACAGGUUACAGCAGCGGGAAGAAUGGCGGCUCGUAUGAUGGCCGACAUGGAGGAGACAAUGUCGCGUCCACUUGGCAAGACUGACUCUCCAUCCAAGAGAAAAGACAAGAGAAGUCGCCAUCUUGGUUCUGAUGGGAUUUACCUGGAUGACAUCACAGAGCUCGAGCCUGAAGUGGCAGCCCUUUAUUUCCCUAAGAGCGAUGGCGGCGCAGCGGUGAGGAGCAUCUCGGACCCGGGCCUCCACAGCACCAGCCUGUCCCCGCAGUCGGUCAGCUCAGGAGGAGACAGCGGAGUGGACAGCUACUGUGACCCCAUGUCUGACUUGCCGUCUAUCGCCAUCUCUCUGUGCGGGGGACUCAAUGACAACAGGGAGAUCACUAAAGAGCAGUUCCAUGAGAAGAUCAUCUCCUACCAGCAGUUCUCAGAGAACCCCUCCAUCAUCGAUGACCCCAACUUAGUUGUAAAAAUCGGCUCCAAGUACUAUAAUUGGAGCACUGCGGCUCCUCUUAUGCUGGCUAUGCAAGCCUUUCAGAAACCUCUGCCAAAGGCUGCAGUGGAAAACAUCAUGAAGGAGAAAAUGCCAAAGAAAGGAGGGAGGUGGUGGUUCUCCUGGAGAGGCAGAAACAACAGCACCAAAUCGGUUUCAGUCUCUGAGUGUGGGGCCUGUGGCUCUGCUGAGCAAGAUGGGAAAAUGUCAAGCAGGCAUAAGGAAGAAUCGUCCUCAAGUGAUGAAGACCACAGAGCAGCCAACCAGAGCUCUCCCACCGUCCAAUCAGAGCCUGGGCUCGUAUCAGGAGGCGUGUCUUAUAAGAAAACACUACGACUGACAUCAGAGCAGCUGAUGUCCCUCCAGCUGCAGGAUGGUCCUAACGAUGUUGUGUUCAGUGUGACCACUCAGUACCAGGGAACUUGUCGCUGUCAGGGAACCAUUUACCUCUGGAAUUGGGACGACAAGAUAAUAAUCUCAGACAUAGAUGGAACCAUCACCAGGUCGGACACAUUGGGACAUAUCCUGCCCACGCUGGGGAAAGACUGGACCCACCAGGGCAUUGCACACCUCUACCACAAAGUCAGCCAAAAUGGUUACAAAUUCCUGUACUGCUCAGCUCGAGCUAUCGGCAUGGCCGACAUGACCAGAGGAUACCUCCACUGGGUGAAUGAGAGAGGAACCAUGCUUCCAAUGGGCCCCGUCCUCCUGAGCCCCAGCAGCCUCUUCUCAGCUCUGCACAGGGAGGUGAUUGAGAAGAAACCAGAGAAGUUCAAGGUGGAGUGUCUCACUGAUAUCAAGAACCUCUUCUACCCCAACACACAGCCUUUCUAUGCAGCGUUUGGCAACAGACCAACGGAUGUAUACUCCUAUAAAGAAGUAGGAGUGCCACUGAACAGGAUUUUUACAGUUAACCCCAAAGGCGAGCUGGUGCAGGAGCACGCCAAGACCAACAUCUCAUCCUAUGCACGUCUGGGUGAGGUGGUGGACCACGUGUUCCCCCUGAAGAUGCGAGCCUCCUCCUCAGACUUCCCCUGCUCAGACACCUACAGCCACUUCACAUACUGGAGGGAGCAGCUCCCCCGAGUGGACCAUCAGGGAACUACACCUCCGCAGACUCCCAGCCCCAGCAGCUGACUGGCUGUGGCCUGCUGAGCGACUCCUAGCGGGCGCAGCAGCGACUGACAGUGCGCUUGAGAUGUAGCAGUCAUUUGGACAGUGACGGUUUCAUGUGUGUGAUAUGAAUUUGUAGGUUUUUGUAAUAGAUGGAGCACUUUUUUUUUUUUGUGCAUAGUAGAGCAUUAACCUAGUGCUGCUGUGAAUAGUCUUAUAACGCACAACAUGGAUGUAAGCGCACUUUUAUCAGAGGAAGGCCUCGGUGGUCAUCUGACUAGAUGUAUGUAUAUAAGAAAUGUAAUUUAUUCAGGCAGCUUAGCACAUAUGUUAUUUUGGAGUGAGUGUUGACAUUAUUCCAGCAGCUGGACUUUAUAUUUAUGCACUCAGUUUCAUACUAUAUUUAACAAACAGUGUCUAUGGCAUCUGUUUAGAAGCGCUUCAUACAGAACACAACCAUACUGUGCAUACUUCAGAAAGCAAGUUACUUCAACUUGUGCCAAAUGUAGAAUUUAUUUUCUUACUCGGAACUGUUUUCUGUUAAGACUGUUAUAGCUCGUCAAUCAGCAAAUAAGUACAUGCAGGCUGGUUUUCGGUUAUAGCAACAUAUGUGUUAUUAUGUUUGAAAGAGAUCAGUCUACUCUGUAUUGAUUAUUUAGUACAUUUAGUUAAACAUGUUACAGAGCACAAUGAAUGAAUGAAUGAGCAUCUAUGUAGCUUUAUUAGCUAAAAGGUCUGUUACAAAGAGUUUAAAUGAGUAUUUAUUAUUGAGAGAAAGAAGAGAAAUUAAAGCACAACCUUUAUAAAAGUCAUAACCAUCAGUUUUCUCUAAAAAUCAAAAGCUAUCUGUAUCCGUGAGAAGAUUUGCUGAAUCAUUUUGUUUUUCUAUGCAAGUCACAGUGUGUAUGUGUUUGGAUCAGAAUUUCGUUUCUGUGGUGGCCUUUGUGAAAUGUCUUUUAAUUUAUUGAAAAUCUACACAGAAACACAUCAUGUGACUGUUAAUGUGUUCCACUCUCUAAGAUUAUACUUUGUUACUUCCAUUCCUUGUGGAAUAUCACUUAAAACUCUACUCUGAAAAUCCACAUCGGACUGGACACAUCUUAGAGAGUAUAAAAGUGAAUGUCUGACCUUUUUCUAAGUUACAGACAUUUAAAUCCUUUUUUUCUCACAAUACCACAGACAAUAUGAGGUCAUUAAUGUGAGCUGCUAUCAUGUGACCCGUAUCAUUGGCUUUGUUGUGAAUAAAAACACCUGAAUAUUAUCAUAACGUUACGGUAGGUGUGUAUAAGCCUAUAGUUUAUGAGUGGGUGUGUAUAUAAUGCUUUAACAUUGUUAUUAUUCUUUCCAUGAAAGAGCUAAAACGGCCUGAAAGUGUUUUAUUUUUGCCUUAACUGUGAACAUGAUCAAUAAUUUGCUCAUUGACUCCCUCCAUGGCCUCUGUUGACCAGCUCACUGUUAAACUGGUGUAAUCAAACUCAAUAAAAAUGCCUUGGU